AUUUGUGUUUCUUUCUUCUACCUAUCUCUCAGCUAUUACAUAAAAACAGAGCCUAUUCCUAAUCUGUGUACUAUCUGAAAUUUUACUUUCCUCUCCCUCUCUCUAUAUAUAAAUUCGAUCUUGUAAUUUUGUUGGUUCAACUACACUUGUCCAUUUUAGGAACGCGUGUCUAAUAACAGCAUAGCAUAACAAUUUUUUGAAUUGAGGGGUAAAAACGAGAAAAUCAUUUAGACUGAUCGGUAUAUUGAUUAUUGUGUGAUCAAUGAAUGAUAUUCCGAAACACGAGAGGCGUUGGGCGUCAGAUACUGUUCCCGGAAAAGUAACUGUCUCCGCCGGGACAUCGCCGGGAACUGAGUCUAGUUACGCUUCCGAUGAGUUUGUGGAGGUUACUAUCGAUCUUCGAGACGAUGACACAAUCGUUCUUCGUAGUGUUGAGCCAGCUGGUGUUAAUGUUAAUAUUGACGAUAGUGUCGCCAGUGUCGCCGGAAGCGGUUUCGAUACUCCGGUGUCUGUUCCGAGGUCGCCGUCGAUUCGGAGAAACUCCUCGAGAGGAUUCCGGCAUUUCUCACAGGAGCUGAAAGCGGAGGCCGUUGCUAAGGCGAAGCAAUUCUCGCAGGAGCUAAGAAGAUUCUCGUGGAGUCACGGUCAUGCUUCGCGUGCUCUUUCAUCUUCCGCUGGUCAUAGUCAUACCGGAACAAGCGGUGCCGGAGUUGGUGGUUUUGAAACGGCGUUGGCCGCUCGUGCUUUGAGGAAGCAACGCGCGCAGCUUGAUCGCACUCGCACCGGUGCUCAUAAAGCACUCCGGAGUUUGAAAUUCAUCAGCAGUAAAUCCAACGGUUUAGAUGCUUGGAACGAAGUGCAGAGAAAUUUCGAUAAACUUUCUAAAGACGGUUUUCUCCAUCGCGUCGAUUUCGGUCAAUGCAUAGGUAUGAAAGAUUCAAAGGAAUUUGCUCUGGAACUCUUUGAUGCUCUAGGUCGUAAGCAAAGAUUGAAGGUUGAAAAGAUAAACAGGGAAGAACUUUUGGAGUUCUGGACGCAAAUUACUAAUCAAAGUUUUGAUUCCCGUCUCCAGAUCUUCUUUGACAUGGUGGACAAGAACGAAGAUGGAAGAAUCACCGAAGAAGAAGUAAAAGAGGUCAUCAUGUUAAGCGCUUCUGCCAAUAAGUUAUCUAGACUCCAGGAGCAAGCUGAAGAAUAUGCAGCUCUAAUCAUGGAAGAAUUAGACCCUGAAAGACUUGGCUACAUUGAGCUAUGGCAAUUGGAAACACUUCUUUUACAAAAGGACACGUAUCUCAACUAUUCCCAAGCUCUAAGCUACACAAGUCAAGCUUUGAGCCAGAACCUACAGGGACUAAGAAAGAAAAGUCCUAUACGUAGGGUGAGCCGCAGAUUUAUUUACUAUUUGCAAGAGAAUUGGAGGAGACUUUGGGUUUUAACAUUGUGGGUUUGCAUAAUGAUUGGACUCUUCACAUGGAAAUUUUUUCAAUACAAGCAAAAAGAUGCUUUUCAUAUAAUGGGUUACUGUCUUCCCACAGCCAAAGGUGGGGCUGAGACGUUGAAAUUCAACAUGGCACUGAUUCUCUUCCCAGUCUGCAGAAACACCAUAACUUGGCUCAGGUCUACGAAGGUAUCUUAUGUUGUACCUUUUGACGACAACAUCAACUUCCAUAAGACAAUUGCUGGGGCAAUUGUAAUUGGUGUUAUACUUCAUGCCGGGGAUCACCUUGCUUGUGAUUUUCCAAGACUCGUAAGUUCGUCUGAAGCUGAUUAUCAGAAGUAUUUGAAAGGUGUAUUUGGUCAUGACAGACCCAGUUAUGCAGACCUAGUUAAAGGGGUUUCGGGCAUCACUGGGAUUUUGAUGGUGGUUUUGAUGGCAAUAGCAUUUACACUCGCAACAAAAUGGUUCAGAAGGAAUCUCAUUAAGCUGCCUGAACCAUUUAGUAGGCUUACUGGCUUCAAUGCCUUCUGGUAUUCACACCAUCUGUUUGUCAUUGUCUAUGGCCUGCUCAUUGUCCAUGGUGUAAAACUUUACCUCGUGCACAAAUGGUACUAUAAAACGACAUGGAUGUAUCUCGCUGUUCCGGUUUUACUCUAUGCGUCAGAAAGAACGCUCAGAUUAUUCCGUUCUGGCUUUUAUACAGUCCGUAUUAUAAAGGUUGCUAUUUAUCCUGGAAAUGUUCUCACAUUGCAAAUGUCUAAACCUCCUCAAUUUCGUUACAAAAGUGGACAGUACAUGUUUGUACAAUGUUCUGCUGUGUCUCCCUUUGAGUGGCAUCCGUUUUCUAUUACCUCAGCCCCGGGGGAUGACUUUCUGAGUGUUCACAUUCGUCAACUUGGUGACUGGACUCAGGAGCUUAAAAGGGUAUUUUCGGAGGCCUGUGAGCCUCCCGUGUCCGGGAGGAGUGGGCUUCUCAGGGCUGAUGAAACGACAAAGAAAAGUUUGCCAAAGUUAAAGAUAGAUGGACCAUACGGGGCACCAGCACAAGACUAUAAAAAAUAUGACGUUUUGUUACUGGUCGGUCUUGGAAUAGGAGCUACUCCUUUCAUCAGCAUCCUGAAAGAUCUUCUCAACAACAUUAUCAAAAUGGAGGAGCUGGCGGAUUCAGUCUCUGAUACAAGUAGAGCUUCAGACGUAAGCAUUGGGAGUACUGAUUCACCAUCUGUUAAUAAAAUUGCUCCAAAAAGGAGGAAAACUCUGAAGACUACCAAUGCUUAUUUCUAUUGGGUUACAAGAGAACAAGGCUCUUUUGAUUGGUUCAAAGGAGUCAUGAACGAAGUAGCUGAGCUUGAUCAAAGGGGUGUCAUUGAGAUGCACAACUACUUGACUAGCGUAUACGAGGAAGGAGAUGCUAGAUCUGCCCUCAUCACCAUGGUUCAAGCACUGAACCAUGCCAAAAAUGGAGUUGAUAUUGUUUCUGGAACUAGGGUACGGACACAUUUCGCUAGGCCUAAUUGGAAGAAGGUUUUCUCUAAAAUGUGUUCCAAGCACUAUAGUGGACGAAUAGGGGUAUUUUAUUGUGGCGCACCAGUUUUGGCCAAAGAACUUAAUAAGCUAUGCUUCGAAUUCAAUGAAAAGGGUCCAACAAAAUUUGAGUUCCACAAAGAGCAUUUCUAACUAAUUUGGAUGGAGCUGAAACUGAUGAUGACCUUAUUAUAUGACUAUGUUCUAAUAAGCUAAAACUAUUUUUAUAGAAUGUGAAGCAUCGUACAUACAGACAUCGAAAUUGCUUGGCAUUUGACCAUGCAUGUGGCUGCAAAGAAGAAGAGAUAACAGCAGCUUAUGUACCCUACAUUAUACAUUACAAAUAUUGGAUACAUUGAUCUAAUUGGAAGCAACAUUGAAUGAUUAUUGCAGAUAGAUUGGCAAUGAAUUGAAAAUGGUGACUCACCCGGGAAUCUUCAUGUAAAGGAGAGCGAGUACUUGCUUUUAUGAUCCUCUCUAUAUCUCUCAACAGACUCCUAAUUUUUGUUUGGCUUUUCUACUGAGGAAGGGUCUAUAUGUGUGUAAAUGAGGCUAGUAUAGUGUAUUCUUUUUUCUUUUUAUCAAGGUAACCACUAGCGUUAUACUUUUAUCUUUUGUAUCAUACACAUAAUGGAUAGAUAGUGAAUAAUACAAAUUUAACAA